UUCUAGCUGAUAUUACUUUGAUUACAGAAAAAACGAGAUAGAAUAGCAUGCUAUUUUGAGAGCCAGCCUGGGGGCUGCAAGAAACCACACUGUCCUUUUCAACACCAAAAUAUAUUAGAUCAUCCUCGUGAAGAAGAUAUCAAGAAAAUGCCAGAUUUGAUUUUACCAGUUAAAAAGGAAAUAGAUGGUGCAAAAACUGAUAAGCUGCUAGUUGAAGCUAAGGAGCCAGAGCGUCAGGUGAUCCCUCCCUCUCACAGUACUGGCUGUGACACGCCACCACGCCAAGUUCAACCCACUGCCAAACCUCCCAAUCCAGUCAUUGUACCUCUGCAAGACGGUGAAUCAGACUCAGAGAGUGUGUCAGGCACUCCCCAGAAGAGAAAGGAUCCUGAUCUCAGAUUGAGUGCAGAAUUGGAGUGGGAGCUACGGAGACUCAGACAGAUACAAGAACACGAAGCUAACCUCAUAGGUUACACUUUUGAAGAUGAUGAAGAAAAUCAGGAACAAAUGGAGGAGGAGGAGGUCGCUGCAGAGAAUGAAGAGGAAACUGAGGAGGUUGUAGAGGAGGUUGUUGAAGUCGAAGAUCAGGGUGAUGCUGUGCACCGUCGGCUGAACCCCCCAUCCGGUGGCAUCCAUUUGCGUCUUGGUGGUAGAGCAAGCCAGCAACCAAAUGAAGAAGAAGACCUGAGACACAGUAUUUUGAAACAUCGUGUUGACCAUAGGAAUAAUGAGAGCCGUAAACGACAUAAGGUCCCUGUUACGGAGAGGUUAGGAGGUGUAGCUGGUAGAGCUUUAGCAGAAACUUUGGGUACCCAUGUUCGUAAGCCUCAGGUCAAGAGACUUGCAAGUAAAAAAGAGGUGGCUUUAAGUGAUAAAACCUUGAAAACAAUAGCUCAGAGAUUAGGGAAUCAGACUGGCUCAACAUCCAGGAGAUUAGGUCAUGCUACAAAAGAGUCUCAAAAAAAUAAAAAUUCACCUGGAGAAAAACAAAGUGAGCGCCCAGUUGCAAAUAGGAUUGGAAUGAAGCGUGGUCAUAUUUUUGAAGACAAAGAAGAGUUUGAAGAUUCUGCCAAAGAAAGUGAAACUAGUAAAAACAAGAAACAGGUGCAGAAGACAGAACCCUUGGAACUUGAUUUUACCAUUAAAAGUUUAGCUGAUAUCAGAGCUGAAAAACAGAAGAAAAGUUCCAUCCAAAAAGUACAAACAACAAAUGGAACCAAAAAUGGGACCAAGAAAUACAUGUCAGAAAUAAAGGAAACAAAAUUGCCAAAAAAAGAAAAUGAAUUCAGAAUCAUGACAUUAGCAGAAAUAAAAGCAUCAAAGAAAAUUGCUUCUGCAAAUGAUCUGGGGUUAGAUAAACAACCUAAGAGGGCCAUUUCACCUAUAUCAUUUUCAGAAAACUCUUCCAAAAAAAUUAGAAGUAUUGAGGCAUCUCAAAUCUCCAGUGUACCAAGCCUAGAUAAGAAAGAAGGCAAGACAAUCUUAGGUACAAGAAAGAUUGCUAUAAAUAGAUCACCAGUAAAGAUUUCAGAAUCUGUUUCAGAAUCUGCACCAGCAGAUAAAGUUUCACAAUCUACAAAUGCAACAGUACAAUUGAAAAAAUCAUCUACAAAUAUUUCGGAUAAUACAAGUUGUACGAUACAUGACAAAAGCGUAACUCAUGUAAGUGCAAAAACUUCUACACCAGUUCCUGUAAAAAAGCAUUCAGUUUCUGGUGAAAAGAUUCAUACAGUAAGUAGAAUGGACUCCCUGUUGGAAGAUGAGGAGGCACUUUUAUUAGGAGGUGACAUGCUGGAAUUAGAUGAUGAUGAUGACAUUGAUGAGGCAGAACUGUUACUCUGAUACGAUACCAAAAAAUCAUUGUCAUCUAUACAAGCAUGGACCUCCCAAACUCAGUCAAGAAUUUGGAAGUUUAUUUGAUAUAUAAAUAUAUGACAUGAAGGUGAUUACAGAAUAUGUAGAUUUUGUAAUAAUAUUGAUAUCAUUUUGAGCAAAACAUUUUAUAUGACAGUUCAGGGUUAUUAUGAAAUUUUAUGCCAUGUUUCCCGAGUGACAAUACUUUGUUUUAUAAGAAAAAAAAUUGAAGUUGCUAUUUCUUUUAUUUUGCUAUGUGAGCUAUAAAGAGGACAAGUUAUAUUGUCUUAAAAACUAAGAUGUGUGAGCAAGUUUUACCAAAAUUUUCAGUAUAUUGAUUAAAAAUUUCAAAACUGCAUUCCUGUUCUUUAGAUUUCUUGAACUUGUAUUUGAUUUCAUGUGUCCCAGUAAAGUAUAUUUUAAGGGUAGUCACUUUAGUUUUUAUGGAAUGAAAAUAUGGUUCAAAGCUCUUACUGAAACUACCUCUCAGUAAUAUUGUUCAGAGUUUCCUUUGAAUAGAAGGCAUUUUAAAGCACUGUUGUAUUUUCAUAUGUGCCAUAUAUUUAGUACAUCUAUAAAGACAAAUUUUAUGUUUUGUGUUUCAAAGACCAUCGUGUUCCUUUAAAGUUGUCCAUUAUUUUUUUGCGUUAAUUUUUUUUUUGUUAUAAAUUCAUGCUUUUACCAUCAAUAUAUGACUUUCAGGAGUUGCCCAGUUUUAUGUGGCACAUUCAGAACCAAAGCAUGGUAUCAUGUGAGAGCUAGGCAACCACAACAAAGCACAUAUUAAUGUGCAUGCACUAAGUCUGUGCUUUGUUAUAAGUUUCAAAAAUACAGUUACCACUCACUGAUAUUCAUUAUAUCAUGAACAUGUCUUGUAUAGCUGUUUUUACAAAAUUCAAAAUGAAUUCUCAUUUUUUUUUCUUUUUAUCAAAAUAAGUAUUUCAAAUUCAAAACUGAACUUGUAUCAAGAAAACAUAUAGUUUUUGUUAUCGAGUACUUAGAUAAUUUACUUGAAGCUACUCUUUUUCAGUUGUAGUUCUGGAACAAUGCAAUUAACUGUUCAUGUGGAAGAAGAAAAAGGGUUUAUUUUGAGUUCUUGUCAGUAGUGUUGUCCAGGUAAGUGAAACAAGAGAAUAGUGGCUGGCUCGCCCUUCUUUCAUGUUCAAAAAGAAUAAUAUUGGAAAGAUGUAUUGACAUUAAAUCUCCCAACGAAAGUUCAGGGACUCCAGGCAUGAGGAAAAGUCCAACUCUGUCUAGCUAUUAAUUCCUAUUAGAGACAAUUCUACAGGUUGCAUUUCCCUUAUCCACAGAUUGAACUAGGAGAUUGCAUCCAACUACUGAUUUUCUUUCGAUUUCUCUUUAGUUCUCACUCAUUUGGAACCAGUGAUUGCUCUCUAUUUUCACUGCUUGUCUGUUAACUGAGAAAAGCAGUCUUGCUAAAAGCAUUUAAAACCAGUCAUUCACCACAUGGAACUGCAAGUAAAUAGGAAAUGAUAACUUCUUUUAUUCUGGGAUGAAAUUUGCUCAGAAUAAUCUCAUGCAUAAACUAGUUGUUUAGAUGAAGAAUACUAUAUAUUUGCACCAAUUCUUUUUAAAAAAUUGUUAACAGACUUCAUGUUGCAGUUACUGAUUAAGCUGAUAGGAUGUAAAAACAAAGGACAUUACAUAUCAGUUUCAUUUCCCAUAAACAGGUUUGUCUAUUUAGAUAUUACCUUCAAUGAAAAUGUUUUAAAAUUGUGAUGAAAUUUGAAUGCAUAUAAUUUGUUUUAGGGAUAAUGCACAUCAUGUGAAUGGUAUGCAUACUUUUUAAUUUAUAGAAAGUUUUUAGUGUACUAAGGCUGUUAAAUAUAAUUUGUUUAGGAAAUGAAGUCAUGAUUCUCGGUAUUUUAUAUUUUCCCAGACUUGGACUCAUGGUGGCUUUUGACAUCAUCAGGUAUCUGUGAUGCUCCUGAAAAUUGGACCUGAGAACUAUUUUUGUUGUAAUACUUUCUGCAGCACGUCGUAGACACAAGUGUUGCCAGUUUAUGGACCUGAGAACAGUCAUUGUUUACAGUUGACAUGAAAUUAGAAUAUACACUUUUAUGAUA